AUGGCAUCAAGAAAGAAGCGACAGCGAGUCUAUCUCGCCUGCCGAGCGAUAUUCUCGGGGCCCAAAUCACAGAUCCGCAAGAAUAAAAUCGUGCGCAAGGAGAUACAGGACCAUGAGCACGCUCUCGGAUCGCUCAGCGACAUGGACGUUGACGAAAUCGUCGAGAUUGCUCGCGGCCUGCUGGAGCGGCAGAUCUUUGAGUUCGACCUCAAGGCCCGGCUCGAGUUUCCUGCCCUCUUCCAGUCGUCGCGCGAGCGUGAUGCACUGCGUGAGGCUUCCGAACUUGAAGCCGAGCAGUCUGUUGCCGAUCUUCUCGAGUAUGUCACUGACGGAGAAGAUAAUGAUGAUGUCUGGCCGGCAGAGGCGGAGCCCGAAGAGAUGCCACGUCCAGAAGAAGACACAGUCGCAGAAGUUAUGGAAGUGGUGGAAGAAGUAUUCGAAUCGACACAACGUCCCGCCUUGACCACGGUCCCAUCUCUUCAUCCCGUCCGUCUGCCUUACAAGGCACAGCAUGUUCUUCUUUCUGAAGUUCAAGUGCUGCUCGAGGAGUGCUUUUACGAUUUUGCGCGCAAGUGGCUUCCGUCACUGCUCGAGGAGAAGCAAUGCGACUGCGCCAUUGCCAUUGAGUUGACCGUUUGGUCGCAUCUGCUUCGCAGGUACGCAGGAAAGAUCCCACUUGAAGCUCUGGAUAUCCGCGGCGACUCUCAGUUAGAUUCGACGCUCAAAGCUGUCCACAAGAUCCGUCAUAGCGCCGUACAUCGCCUCCGAUUGACCGGCUCCGACGUGAGGGACCUGGUCAUCCAAGGCGCCGCAGCAGCCACAAUGCUGCGAGACCUGCAGCGCGCCGCCGUGCUCCAGGAGUUGGCGGCUGAGCUCGGCCACAAGAUCACCUCGAUGGAGUUGGUCAAGAAUGACGCCGAGAAGACGGCCGUCGCCCAGUUGCAAGACAUUGCCCGCAGACGCGCGGCGCUCGACCGGGAGGAGGAGGCGGCUAUUGCGGAGAUGCUGCGUCGAGACGCCGACGGUACCAAGUCGAUAGGAAUCCUGGUUGAGGAGUCGGUCGGCAAGAUUCUGCGGGCUCCAAGGGGAUACUCAGAAGAGGAGGAGGACGAGGAGGGCGAUGGUAGCGAAGAGGAUGGAGACGAAGCCUAUGCUGAUGCCGAGGAAUCAGAGGAUACGUUCGUAGAACCAACACGGGCGGUAAAUGCAGGUGUGGAGGAGUAA